UCAUUACAGAUAAUGACAUGGCAAUUUUGAUUAUACACAAGUUGUAAAAUGUGAUUUAAAAGCCAUGUUAGUAUACAGUAUGAACCAUUUUUAUGAUCCUUUUUGCUAUAUUUACAGCUUCAGUGUCAAUAUUCAUUAUGCAAAAGAACAUCAUGAACAUUGUUAAAUUUCUUCUUUUGUGUUCCACAGAAGAAAUUAAGUCAUACAGGUUUAAAACCUAAAUAAUGACAGAACAGUGAACUAUCCUUGAUACUCUUGUUAUUUGAACCUUUUGGGGAUGUGAAAACAUUUAUACAAACUAACAUUCCUCUUAACCCCCCCCCCCCCCCCUAAUUUCUAAUGAUAAUUGCCAUGUUCCAGUUUAACAUUAAAUGAUUAGGAAUUCUAAGACUGAGAAGAAAGGGUUACAAAAAAUUUGGUAACUUCUGCUUUCAGCCUUUCCUCGUCAGAGAUGUAUCCAUGGUUACCCCCCUCCCAACUGGAAUGGGAUGGUACAGCUUUGAGAAGGAGAGCAUGAAAGCAAGGGUGCGAGAAAAGACCUCAUUCCAUAGCAUUGAAUAAAAUAAAAUGUCUUUGUCCACAUAGCUUCACCAACAGCUUUGUUGUUCAGCAUUUUAAUUAGCUUAUUCUAUCUGCUCAGCCUGGGUUUGAGACUUUAAACCCAAAACUACAGCGUCAGUUCACAGACGAUCAAGGAAAGACUGCAGAUAACACAAUGCCCUGGAUGUUUCUGGACUGGUUCGUCCCUGUAUAUCUGCUGGUCUCGGUCCUGGUCCUGGCUGGUUUCGGAGCUUGUCUGUAUUUUCUGGAGCCGGGUCUUCAGGAUGCGCACAAGUGGAGCAACAAGUCACUGAGGCACCAGCCGCUGGCUCAUAUAAGGCAAACACACUGUAGAGAUGACGACAGCAAUGCCUUGUUAUGAUGGGACAUGUGGAGACGCUGCAAUGAGACGUUUGUGCCAAAUCAUAUAUUGAUGCCACUUUAUCAAAAUGCAUGGUAUUUUAACAGGGUUUCUGUAGUUAUAUACAAUGAUCUGCAAUUGGAUUACAAGACAAAACAGCAUAAUACAGUGCAGAGGUCAGUUAAUUC